AUGUCGGGUCGGGGGAUUUUAAUCGAACUCGUUGUGCGUUGUACCGGCCUCCUCUCCGUCUCUUUCACCGUCGUUGUUGACAAGGACAAGCUGAGUAGAGCAUCGUUGUGCGUCAAAGUCCUGCCCUGUUGUGCUUGCUCACUGGCGAUGGCGGCCGCAGUAAUGCCAAGGCAAGGGCAUGCUCCUAACUCCAGCGUCGUAUCCUUCACUCUAGUUAUGUCUUGUCGUGACUGGUUUAAUUCUCGUCUACCUCUUGUCCUCUCCCAGUUUCACUCGAUCAGAAAUGAAAUGGACAUGCACUGCUCUAGCCUAAUGCCUGUCGCGUACGCCAACUGCUUUCCCAUGCGAACGAGAUCGUGCCGUCGCCUCACUGCCGGUUCGCCGUCCCGUUUACGUCUGUUGUCACCUGCGGUGAUUCGCGUUUCCGGUCGAAACUGGAUUUUUGACAACGCAUGA